GCUUAGCUGAUCCUCACUCUGCGCUCGAUUGCUUCAGCCUGAGAGUUGGCUCGUUGUUUCCGACUUCGAUUACACUCCCCUCAACGAGGAAGGCCCUUGUCUCAGUCGGGAGUUUAGAUUGCAUUUUAUCCCGUUAUUUCGUCCCUUUCCAAUCUAUUAGGUCAAUAUCGCUGUUGUUAACCGUGGCAGACGACGAAUUAGAGGCAAUUAGGCGGCAGAGAAUGGCGGAACUACAGGCAAAGCACGGGAUCACAGCGAUGGCCGGCUCUGCGAGUCCCCUGACCACCCAUGUGCUGAACACUGCAACGGGGGUCCCUGGUGCAAACAUGACCCUCAGUCUCCAUCGACAAGACCCUUUGACUAGUGCAUGGAGUUUGAUAACCACUGGAAUUACUAAUGCUGAUGGACGUUGCCCGGGACUCAUAACAACACAAAUGUUUACAUCUGGGGUGUAUAGAUUGCAUUUUGACACUGCUCAGUACUGGCAGAGUAUGGAAGAGACCUGCUUCUACCCGUAUGUUGAGAUCGUCUUCACUAUAAAUGACCCAGGAAAAAAGCACCAUGUCCCUUUGCUCCUGAGCCGUUUCUCUUACAGUACAUACAGAGGGAGCUAGAAGUCAAGUGUGAUGUCCCAUCGCAGACCGAGGCAACUCCACCAAGAACAUCCAUCUCUCCACCAGCUGAACUGUCCUAUUGACAAAUCGAUUACACUAAUCGAUUAAUAGACUGUGCUUAUUUGGAUACCAUUAUACAACAUGCCUAUUAAAAAUUCGUAAUACGCUAACUCUGAUUUAAUUAACAUAACAUAUUGUAUUAUGUAUAUUUCUUUGGUGCUUUAAAAUGAUUCAUAAAAUAAAUGCAUCUGUUUUUUUCAAAACUCGGCACUCACUCACUUUUGUGUUAAAUAAUAUAUAUAUAUGUUAAAACUGACAAAAUAUACCAUUUUGUGGAACUAAUACCAUUAAAUAAAAUAUAUUUUCAUGUUCUCA